GCUUUCAUUUGCGGAUGAAACGUGUGACAUUGCCCUCUCUGGAAGCUAUUUAGCAGCGAUAGAGAUGGGGUUGGUCACAGGACGGUGCAGCAUGCCGGUUCGCUCAGGGUCCUGCUCCUGUAGCAGUACUGGCGGCUGCAGGAGCGCUGCAGUUUCACUCGUGAGCAGCAUAGCUAUCCCGCUGUAGAACCGGACAGUAAGCUUAAAGAAACAGUCAAAUCUGCUGUGGUGAAGGGCGUCUCCUCAGCAGAGAGAUGAUGUGAUGGUGUAAUUGAGAGGUAGCUGGGGCUCAGAUUGUGGGGCUGUGUCUGAGAGCAGGUGCUGGAGGUGGGGCCCUUCCGCGGGCUCUGUGCUCAGCCCCCCCCCCCCCCCGUCUCUGUGGGACGGUGGCGUCAGCGUCUCUAUAGCGGCUCCUCCCUGGAGGAGGAAGAGGAGCUGAGGGGGAGGGAGCUCAGAGCUGAGAGGAGUCCUCCUGCAGCAGUCGCUCUCAGCUGUGUGCACGAGACCCGCCACUCCCGCCUCCAACCGCCAUCGAACCCGAGCCCAGGCGGCCGCCCCCCGUCAGGUGGGGAAGGCGGCCAUGAACUAGAGCUGGGAAGACCGUCGGCCGAAUUGGGCCCUCUGGCCACAAUGAGCCUCCUGUCACACCUCUGCUGAGCGGGUCCAGGUUUGCAGUGAGGAUGCGUUGCCUUGCGGCCCGGGUCAACUACAAGACCCUGAUCGUGAUCUGUGCGCUCUUCACCCUCAUCACGGUGCUGCUGUGGAACCGCUGCUCCAGCGACACCGCCCUGCGCUUCCCCCCCAGGCCCCAGCCCGCCGUCGCCGCCACCCCCGCCAACCCGCAGCAGCCGCAGCCGCCCGAGCCCCCCCCGGUGGUGGGAGGGGUCAAGUACGAGGAGAUCGACUGCCUCAUCAACGAUGACGUCACCAUCAAGGGCCGGCGGGAGGGCGGGGACGUCUACCUGCCCUUCAGCUGGGUGGAGAAGUACUUUGAGGUGUACGGCAAGGUGGUGCAGUACGACGGCUACGACCGCUUCGAGUUCUCGCACAGCUACUCCAAGGUGUACACGCAGCGCGAGCCCUACCACCCCGACGGGGUCUUCAUGUCUUUCGAGGGCUACAAUGUGGAAGUGCGCGACCGCGUCAAGUGCAUCAGCGGCGUGGAAGGUGUGCCCCUGUCCACGCAGUGGGGGCCCCAGGGCUACUUCUACGCCAUCCAGAUCGCGCAGUACGGGCUCAGCCACUACAGCAAGAACCUGACGGAGCGGCCGCCCCACGUGGAGGUGUACGACACGGCCGAGGAGCGGGACAGCCGCCCCAGCGCCUGGACCGUGCCCAAGGGCUGCUCCCUGUCCCGCAUCCACGACAAGACCCGCCACACCGCCGUGCGCCAGUUCAGCGCCCCAGAGAACUCCGAGGGCAUCUCCUUACCGCUGGGCAACUCCAAGGACUUCAUCAUCUCCUUCGACCUCAAGUUCACGUCCAACGGGAGCGUGUCGGUGGUGCUGGAGACGACGGAGAAGGGCCCGCCGUUCGUCAUCCACUACGUGACCAGCUCGCAGCUCAUCGCCUUCAAGGACCGCGACAUCACCUACGGGCUGGGCCCGCGCACGGCCUGGAGCACGGUCACGCGCGACCUGCUGACCGACCUGCGCAAGGGCGUGGGCCUGUCCAGCACCAAGGCCGUCAAGGCCACCAAGGUCAUGCCGCGGCGCGUGGUGCGGCUGGCGCUGCGCGGCCGCGGCUACCUGGACAACGUGACCAUCUCCACCACGGCGCACACGGCCGCCUUCUUCGCCGCCAGCGACUGGCUGCUGCGCAACCAGGACGAGCGCGGCGGCUGGCCCAUCAUGGUGACGCGCAAGCUGGGCGAGGGCUUCCGGGCCCUGGAGCCGGGCUGGUACUCAGCCAUGGCGCAGGGCCAGGCCAUGUCCACGCUGGUGCGCGCCUACCUGCUGACGCGCGACCCCGUGUACCUGAACGCGGCGCUGCGCGCCACCGGGCCCUACCGCCUGCCCUCCGAGCAGCACGGCGUCCGGGCCGUCUUCAUGAACAAGCACGACUGGUACGAGGAGUACCCCACCACGCCCGGCUCCUUCGUGCUCAACGGCUUCAUCUACUCGCUCAUCGGCCUGUACGACCUGGCGGAGACGGCGGGCGACAAGCUGGGCCGCGAGGCCGGCGUGCUCUUCAGCCGCGGCAUGGAGUCGCUCAAGGCCAUGCUGCCGCUCUACGACACGGGCUCCGGGACCAUCUACGACCUGCGCCACUUCAUGCUGGGCACCGCGCCCAACCUGGCGCGCUGGGACUACCACACCACACACAUCAACCAGCUGCAGCUGCUGGCCUCCAUCGACAACGCGCCCAUCUUCAGGGACUUCGUCAAGCGCUGGAAGAGCUACCUGAAAGGGGGGCGGGCGAAGCACAACUAGAGCCCCGCCCACCGGACCGGGAUCGGGGCGGGGCCGAGCGCGAGUGACAGCAGGGGGGCGGGGCCGGGGGCGGAGGCACGGGGGUCUCGGGAAGAGAACGCAGUCUGUUUCAGUUCAGCAGCAGAGACAGAGACAGGGCUCUCACUCAGCCCCCCUCUCCACACACAUUUCAGAGUGAUAGCAGUUCAGCUUCCUUUGAGCGGGCAGGUGUAAUUAACUGCAAACGUGGUUUCAGGGCAUGUGUUCGUGUGUGUGUGUGUGUGUGUGUGUGUGUGUAUGGGAAGCUGGUCCUAAAUGACGGGAAACUGCCAGGUGAGUUUACAGAGUAUCGGACAGGCUGCCAUCCUUUCAGUCUCUCUGCAUCCCACACUCUUAUUUAUUUCGGAGCCAUCCUCUUCAUUUCAGUGUCUCUGGUGCAGGGGGGUGGUGUGGUGUCAACUUGCCAUCAGAACUGUUCAGAACGGAGGUUCGACCCAAAGAAGCAGUCAGAAUCAUGCGUUUUUGUCCUUGUCAUUGAGACAGCAGCACUUUGUAAUGUAUAAGCUGGGGCCCGGACAGCUGUUUGUGUGCUGAAGGUGCUAGCCAUUCUCUUGUGUUUUUGUUCUUGGGGAUUUCAAUGUUGCCGUAUAUGGUGUUAAGCAUCUGUUGGCUACUCACUGUUGCAAAUCUCACGGCACAAGGCCGCCUGGUUUCAUGUUUCCUUAUAAGGUCGUUUCCUGUCUUCAUGGAGGUGUGCACCUGGCACAGUGGCUCAUCUGUGGCUCCGCCCACUUUGGCCUUGGGUCCACCCUGCACUUUCACUGCAGUGCUUUGGUGUGGAUCUCAGCCUCCCGUCUGCAGUCCCACUCCCACCUGCCCUUCACUGAGCCCGCGUCGCUGCCGCGAAGGCCAGGCCAGGAGCAGCCUGCUGUGCUGGCCUGGGUGGAGCACGGCGCAGUUCAGGCAGCGCUCGCCCACAGCUCUGGGCUGAGAGAGGGGGCAGCGGUGGCCUCUGGAACGGAUGUCCCAAACCCAGGUUCCUUUCACCGCAGCUCUCUGGGGCUCUGGGCUGGAUAUCAGCGCGGACAGGCCGCUAGCCCAGAGCCGGGUGAGCGCCACGCCGCUGAGUGACUGCCUGCAAAGGGCUCCGGUCACUUAGCUGGGCGAGAGAGAGAGGGAGGGAGGGAGGGAGAGAUAGCGUGCGAGAGAGAGGGAGAGAGAGAGAGAGGGCGAAUUAGUCCCGUGACGCUGUGGCGGCUCUGAGCUGGUGUUACUGAGAGCUGAGAUACGCCUGGCUGGAGCUGCCGGCAGUCACAUGAGCGUUUAAGGACAAGCAGGUGGCUGUUAAGGACAGCUGAGGAACAGGAGCGUGAUAGGCUGCGUGGUAAUCCUGGUGCUGCUGAAAUUUUUAGGGGUUUAUUGUUUUAGUUGUUUGUUGGCACUAACAGCCAUUUUCAAAACACAGUCACAUUCCAUUAUAGCGAAUAGUUAACAUUCUCGCUUGUGUGCUCACUGUGCUUACUGCAUAUUCCUGCAUACCGCUUUGCCAUUUCUGUCCAAUCAGGAGCCAACCCACGAUCCAUUGCAAACCAACCCAUGACCCUGCCCCUAAAGUGCAUGGGACUUGUGGUUACCCUUUGUUUGCUAGGCAUUGGUGUGCACACACACGGCACGCAUCCACGUGCACCCGCACACACACGCACACACACGCCCGCACACACACACCUUUUUUUUUUCUCGUAGCCCACCUCUGCCUCGUGAUUCAGUCGCAGUCCAGGGAACAUAAGGGAAGUCUUUAUUCAGUAAAUCUGUGUUUGCAGUGGCUUGCAGCUGCUGCGUGUGCAUUGAUCUUGAUUUUCUGCCUGUUGAAAGCAUGUUCCAGUGGGGUAUGGUCAUAGGCUGUGUAAACAUUCUUUCUGUCAUCUAUUUAUUUUUCUGUUUCUUCCAUUGCGUACAUUUAUAGUAUUUUUGUUAAAAUGGUGGUUUCUUUUUUUCUCUUGAUGAAUCAGUGCUCAUCCCUCGAAAUCCUCUGGCUCACCAUUGAAGCUGCAGACAUAUUUGUUGUGGGCGAAGUGUAGGAGGCUGGGUAGUGGGGCCGCCAUCGUAGCGUAUCGCCAAGCACAAGGUAAACGUCUUUAGCUGCUUAACGAGAACACGGCCAGCCGAAAUGAUUACCCAGCACAUGCAGACCAUUGACACCUGCUGCUAAUGAUGCCCGCUCCUUCCCACCCCCCCCUCUCCUCUCUCUGUUUCUCUUUCUCUCUCUCUCUCUCCUCUUUCUGUUUCUCUCGGUUUCUCUCCUCUCUCUCUCUCUUUCCUCUCUGUGUUCUCUUUGUCUCUCUCCUCUCUCUCAUCUCUCUUUCUCUCUGUCUGCUUCUCUCUCUUUCUCUCUCUCUCUCUCCUCUCUCUGUUUCUCUCUGUCUCUUCUCUCUGUUUCUCUCGGUUUCUCUCCUCUCUCUCUCUCUCCUCUCUGUGUUCUCUUUGUCUCUUUCCUCUCUCUCUCUCUCUCUCUCUCUCCCCCUCCCCUGCUCUCUCUCUCCCAUCAGCUGCCUGUGUGGGUUAAACCUAUUUAAUCUCUGAGUUCUCCUAUUGACAGAUUAAUGAAAGAGGAGCCAGCCUUAGAGCCACUGUCUAAUUCCUCCUGUUAAUAGACCGCAGAGCAUAUCUCUCAGUCAGCGGCUCGGCAGUUGGCAUCUGGGAAAUGUGAGGUCUGCUCUGGUUCUAAGUGCUGCGUUGGGGCCGGGGCCGGGGCCGGGGCCAGGGGGAGGAGUCCGCUUUUCGGGAUAUCACACUGAUAAUAUUUAGGGACUGACAGCAGAUCGUUGCUCGGUGCUGGAAUGCAGUGAAUGUUAAAAAUGGAUUCUGCCACCUAGUGGAAGUCUGUAACUCCUUGUGUGGGUCCCUACCCCUGUCCCCCACUGCCCCUGACUGUGGUUUGUUGAAGUGCAAUGAACUGAGCUUGUACGUCUUUCUUUUUUUUCUUUCUUUUUUUGGGGAAAUCUUUGUCGCACUGGACACUGUACAUGCUGAUCGUUAAUCAUUGAUAAGGUUCUGUAGUGAGGCCAUUGUGACCAGCACAUGUAGAUCUGAGAGACUAGUGAGUCAGUUAAACCCAAAAGGAUUCCUUGGAGACAAGUAACAG